CCUCGCUCUCCCUUUGGCUUCCACCAGCCCUUCGCUCCCCGGCUCCUUCAGCUGCUGCAGUCAGUCUCUCUCUCUCUCUCUCUCUCUCUCUCUCUCUCUCUCUCUCUCUCUCUCUCUCUCUCUCUCUCUCUCUCCUCUCAAGUUUCCUAUCUUCUCAAGAUCGGGGCAAAGGAAGGAAAACAUCGAAUUCGCCUUGCUCUUUCAGGUAGGAGGUGAUGAAGGCGAAAUUGGAUAUCUCCAACAUGCAAUCCCUGCUGCUUGUUUUCUUGGUGUGGGAUCCAGCCAGGUUGGUGCUGGCUAACAUCCAAGAAGAUGAGGCUAAAAAUAACAUUACCAUCUUUACAAGAAUUCUAGACAGACUUCUGGAUGGUUACGAUAAUCGGCUUAGACCAGGACUGGGAGACAGUAUUACUGAAGUCUUCACUAAUAUCUACGUGACCAGUUUUGGCCCUGUCUCAGAUACAGAUAUGGAAUACACUAUAGAUGUUUUCUUUCGACAAAAAUGGAAAGAUGAACGGUUGAAAUUUAAAGGACCUAUGAAUAUCCUUCGACUUAACAAUUUAAUGGCUAGCAAAAUUUGGACUCCAGAUACCUUCUUUCACAAUGGCAAAAAGUCAGUAGCUCAUAAUAUGACAAUGCCAAACAAACUGCUUCGAAUCCAGGAUGACGGGACUCUACUGUACACAAUGAGGCUUACAGUUCAAGCUGAAUGUCCAAUGCACUUGGAGGAUUUUCCAAUGGAUGCUCAUUCAUGUCCUCUGAAAUUUGGCAGCUAUGCAUAUACAACUUCAGAGGUCACUUAUAUUUGGACUUACAAUGCAUCUGACUCAGUACAGGUUGCUCCUGAUGGCUCCAGGUUAAAUCAAUAUGAUCUGCUGGGCCAAUCAAUUGGAAAGGAGACAAUUAAAUCCAGUACAGGUGAAUAUACUGUAAUGACAGCUCAUUUCCACUUGAAAAGAAAAAUUGGGUAUUUUGUGAUUCAGACCUAUUUGCCUUGCAUCAUGACUGUCAUUCUCUCCCAAGUGUCAUUCUGGCUUAACAGAGAAUCUGUGCCUGCAAGAACUGUGUUUGGAGUAACAACUGUUCUGACAAUGACAACUCUGAGCAUCAGUGCUCGAAAUUCUCUCCCCAAAGUGGCUUAUGCUACUGCCAUGGACUGGUUUAUUGCUGUUUGUUAUGCUUUUGUGUUCUCUGCCCUAAUUGAAUUUGCAACUGUUAAUUAUUUCACCAAAAGAGGAUGGGCUUGGGAUGGGAAGAGUGUAGUAAAUGACAAGAAAAAAGAAAAAGCUUCUGUCAUGAUACAGAACAAUGCUUAUGCGGUGGCUGUUGCCAAUUAUGCCCCGAAUCUUUCAAAAGAUCCAGUACUCUCCACCAUCUCCAAGAGCGCAACCACGCCAGAACCCAACAAGAAGCCGGAAAACAAGCCAGCAGAAGCCAAGAAAACCUUCAAUAGUGUUAGCAAAAUUGACAGAAUGUCCAGAAUAGUUUUCCCAGUUUUGUUUGGUACAUUUAAUUUAGUUUACUGGGCCACGUAUUUAAACAGAGAGCCUGUGUUAGGGGUCAGUCCUUGAAUCUAGAUACAAGUUAUCUUUGGGAUGUAUAGCAACAUUAAACUUGGGUGUUUGGCUCUGUACAGUCUGACUAAUAACUGCUAAUUUGUGAACCAAUAUGUACAGUAUGUAUAUAAUGAUGUAGCUUACCAGUAGACCUUUAAUGGAGACAUGCAUUUGCUAACUCAUGGAACUAUGGGCAGAAAGCACCCCAUGCCAAAAGAGCCAUUGUCUUUUUUAAAGAUUUCCCCUAGGACUUGGUUUCAAGUGGAUUUCAGAUGACCUGAUAUUUCUUUUUCCUAUCCUAAUAAUGAUGAAAGUGGAGAUCCUGUAUCACCCUUUAUGGAACCUUUUGAUUUAGGUAUUAAAUAGGAUUAUUUUCUACUGUUGCCUAUCUAUGAUGGAAGAUAACAUUGUCAUUCAAAGAUGAAUACUUCGAAAUAGCAGAACCUUAUAUCUGCAACAUCAGUUCCCUUCAUGAAUGCACAAAAUCCCCGCUAAUACUAUUGGAAGCUUGACUCAGACACGCAGAAGAAGAAAAACUAGAAAUCUGAAAUCAGCUUUUACCUAUUCUGUAUAGUAUCUAUAGCCAUGUACAUAUUACAGCAUGACAAGCUCAAACAAUUAUGAGUCACCCUGACAGGAUGUUAAU